AUGCACUUCAUAUCUGUUGUACGUGGAGGAAAACAUUCUUCGCUUCGGUCGCACGCCUACUUUUCUCGUGCCGACCCAGCUCCUCCAGCGCAGCUAUUACCUCGUGACGUUAUUUCCGAUGGAGUUGUUGGAGUGACAAUGGUAGGAUCGACAACCCCAGCACAGAAAGCGGCGGCUUUAAAAGCCUAUGACGUUCGGAUAUCUCGGCUAAGCCAGCAAUUGAAAUGGUAUCGCGGUAACAAUGAUCUCUACUCGAACAUCCGUGAAUCUGACAAUUGGGAGGCAGAUAUCACAACAAUGCGUACACGUGUCGUAGUCGAACGAGGUGGCAAGCAAGUCGACGAGACCGAAGAUGAAAGAUCAAAUCGGAGCAAUCAAACCGAAGCUGACGAGCUACAAAGACCGAAUAACCACAGAUCAGAAGCAAUGGCUGGUCGUCGACAUGAUGAUAUUGAGGUGGAUGGGAUUGGGGCAGCUAAUGAUGUCAAGAAUUGCGAAAAUCUGUGCGGUAGUAACGAAAUGACAGUGGAUAAUGAUGACGGUAGCUUUCUUCAUUCACGGAUUGGACAUGGCUGCGAUGAGCUCGACCGAGCCAUGUGGAGGCACAAUGCCCCUACUCCAGCUCACCAGAAUGUGAGAGCUGAAGAUGAGGUGUGUGAACAAGCUGCUAAUGGCUUGAUCAGAACAAGCAGCGCUUAA